CGCCCCCCCGGCGAGCGAGCGGUGACUUAAGCAACGGAGCGCAGCGAAGCCCAUUUUUCUCCUUGCUCGCAGCCGCGCCGGGCAGCUCGUGGCGCGGCGCCUCCGCUCCGGCCCGAGAUGAAUGCUGCGGCAGAAGCCGAGUUCAACAUCCUGCUGGCCACCGACUCGUACAAGGUUACUCACUAUAAACAAUACCCACCCAACACAAGCAAAGUUUAUUCCUACUUUGAAUGCCGUGAAAAGAAGACAGAAAACUCCAAAGUAAGGAAGGUGAAAUACGAGGAAACAGUAUUUUAUGGGUUGCAGUACAUUCUUAAUAAGUACUUAAAAGGUAAAGUAGUGACCAAAGAGAAAAUCCAGGAAGCCAAAGAAGUGUACAAAGAACAUUUCCAAGACGAUGUCUUUAAUGAAAGGGGAUGGAACUACAUUCUUGAGAAAUACGAUGGUCAUCUCCCAAUUGAAGUAAAGGCUGUUCCUGAGGGCUCUGUCAUUCCCAGAGGGAAUGUGCUGUUCACAGUGGAGAACACAGACCCCGAGUGCUACUGGCUUACCAACUGGAUUGAGACUAUUCUUGUUCAGUCCUGGUAUCCAAUUACAGUGGCCACAAAUUCAAGAGAGCAGAAGAAAAUAUUGGCCAAAUACUUGUUAGAAACUUCUGGUAAUUUAGAUGGUCUGGAAUACAAGUUACAUGAUUUUGGUUACAGAGGAGUCUCUUCACAAGAGACUGCUGGCAUAGGAGCUUCCGCUCAUUUGGUUAACUUCAAAGGAACAGAUACAGUGGCGGGAAUCGCUCUAAUUAAAAAGUACUACGGAACAAAAGAUCCUGUUCCAGGCUAUUCUGUUCCCGCGGCAGAGCACAGUACCAUAACAGCUUGGGGGAAAGACCAUGAGAAAGAUGCUUUUGAACACAUAGUAACACAGUUCUCAUCAGUGCCUGUAUCUGUGGUCAGUGACAGCUAUGACAUUUAUAAUGCUUGUGAGAAAAUAUGGGGUGAAGACCUAAGACAUUUAAUAGUAUCAAGAAGUACAGAGGCACCACUAAUCAUCAGACCUGAUUCUGGAAAUCCGCUUGACACCGUAUUAAAGGUCUUAGAUAUUUUAGGCAAGAAGUUUCCUGUCACUGAGAACUCAAAGGGCUACAAGUUGUUACCACCAUAUCUGAGAGUCAUUCAGGGAGACGGAGUGGAUAUCAACACUUUACAGGAGAUUGUAGAGGGAAUGAAACAAAAAAAGUGGAGCAUCGAGAAUGUCUCCUUUGGCUCUGGCGGAGCCCUGCUGCAGAAGCUAACAAGAGACCUCUUGAACUGCUCCUUCAAGUGCAGCUAUGUGGUGACCAAUGGCCUUGGGGUUAAUGUCUUUAAGGACCCAGUUGCUGAUCCCAACAAAAGGUCAAAAAAGGGCCGGUUAUCUUUACAUAGGACACCAGCGGGGAACUUCGUUACACUUGAAGAAGGAAAAGGAGACCUUGAGGAAUAUGGCCACGAUCUUCUCCAUACGGUUUUCAAGAACGGGAAGGUGACAAAAAGCUAUUCCUUUGAUGAAGUCAGAAAAAACGCACAGCUGAGCAUGGAGCAGGACGUGGCACCUCACUAGGCCUGGUUGUUUGUGCAGUGUGUACAUACGUGCACUGUGUGUGCUUGUGUGUAUGGAGUAACAUGUUCGUUGUACAGAUGUGUGGGUUUGUGUUUAUGAUGCAUUACAGCCAGAUUAUUUGUUGGUUUAUGGACAUACUGCCCUUUUUAUUUUCUUUUCCCCAAUGUUUAGAUGAUCUCAACUUAGGAAAUACUUAUAACCAUGUACAAGAUUAAUGCUAAAGUAAGCUUUUUAGGGCCCUUUGCUAAUAGAUAGUAACUCGAUCUGCUGUUGACCUUUUCACAAAUCACAGAAUCAAGAAACUUUUAUAUAUAACUACAGAUCACAUAAAACAGAUUUGCAUAAAAUUACCAUGACUGCUUUAUGUUUAUAUUUAACUUGUAUUUUUGUACAAAUGAGAUUGUGUAAGAUAUAUUUAAAGUUUCAGUGAUUUAACAGUCUGUUUCCAACUUUUCAUGAUUUUUAUGAGCACAGACUUUCAAGAAAAUACUUGAAAAUAAAUUACAUUGCCUUUUGUCCAUUAAUCAGCAAAUAAAACAUGGCCUUAACAAAGUUGUUUGUGUUAUUGUACAUUUGGAAAUUAUGUCAGGACACAUACCCAACAGAUUACUAACCUCACUGCCCUUGUAGAGUAUGCGUUAGUCAUUCUACAUUGAAGAGAAUUGUGGUUCUUACUCGGGUGUCUGGGCAUUGUACAGUUCUGUUCCUUGGUCAUUGUAUGUACCUGUGAAAUGCCAAAUGCGAAAGGCCUGUUCUGCAAUUUUGUAUGCCAGAUAUUGCCUGUGGCUCUAAUAUGCACCUCAAGAUUUUAAGAAGAUAAUGUUUUUAGAGAGAAUUUCUGCUUCCACUACAGAAUAUAUACAUAAAUGUAAAAUAUUGAAAGUGGAAGUAGUGUAUUUUAAAGUAAUUACACUUCUGAAUUUAUUUUUCAUAUUCUAUAGUUGGUAUGACUUAAAUGAAUUGCUGGAGUGGGUAGUGAGUAUACUUAUUUUAAAUGUUUUGAUUCUGUUAUAUUUUCAUUAAGUUUUUAAAAAAUUAAAUUGGAUAUUAAACUGUA